AUGCCAGAGUACGAGCCUUAUCUCAUUCCCGACAUUUUAUCCAAGUGCGACAAUGUGUUCAAGGAACUCAUCGCGGCCAAGAUAUACGACGAAGCAAAGGUAGAUCCUGGAACCGUCAACAUAAUUCGACUAAUCUGCUCCCAUCUACGAGACGACGACGUUCUGAGAAUUAUGCGACUGGAGCAAUGGAAGAUGGAGCAUGGGACAGGGCAGGAUUACUGGCGCCAGCGUGCAGUAUCCUGGAGUAGGAGGGAAGCUCUCUAUGUCUUGGCCUGUUUAAGGUGGGAGUUCCAGCAAUGUUGGACGAUGAAACUGUUGAACAGGGAGCAUGAGGAAAGAACGCGAACGACUACGGAAGAACAUUCAGCACAAGGCGACGCUGGAGCUUCUGAUUCGGGUGAUCUGGAUGACCCAUGA